GUCAGUCGCUGCUCUCGUGCCUACAGCGAAAGGGAAAAUGUCGGCGCGCUGUCGAUGGAGUUUGUCGUGCCGUCAGUGACUAUUCCCGUGUAACACGUAACAACGAUCGUGUUUCCUCGGCGACCUUAACUGCCAAAAUUUGGCCUGCAAAGCGUCCCGAUACGUUCCGGUCGAUGCGUACCUCGAUUUGACUCGUGAGAAAGAGAGAGAGAGAACGCGAGAACAAGAGAGAUUGCGUGACGAAGGGAGAGAGGGAGACGUAGAGCAGGUGCAAAACUACAUCGCCGUGUAGAGGUCCCCGCGCAAGGGAAGAGCCAGACAGAGUGGAGGAGAGAGAGAAGACAUACGGAGGAGAGUAGUGACAUGGCGUCGUUGGCAGUAUCAAUAGCAAAGAAUGAGUUCAUCGUGGGUGGCAAAUACAGAUUGAUGAGGAAGAUCGGAUCGGGCUCCUUCGGAGACAUUUACCUCGGCAUCAACAUCUCCAAUGGCGAGGAAGUUGCAGUUAAGUUGGAAAAUAUGCGAGCCCGGCAUCCGCAGCUUUUAUAUGAAUCAAAGCUGUACAAAAUAUUACAUGGUGGCAUAGGAAUACCGCAUAUACGUUGGUAUGGCCAAGAACGCGAAUAUAACGUUCUUGUUAUGGAUCUUCUUGGACCAUCUCUGGAAGAUCUUUUCACUUUUUGUUCAAGAAGGUUUACAAUUAAAACAGUUCUAAUGUUGGCAGACCAGAUGAUUGGUAGGAUUGAAUAUGUUCAUUGCAAACACUUUAUUCACAGAGAUAUAAAGCCAGAUAAUUUUUUAAUGGGAAUUGGACGACAUUGUAACAAGCUGUUCCUCAUUGAUUUUGGAUUGGCUAAAAAGUAUAGGGAUAGUCGUACAAGACUGCAUAUAAUAUAUCGCGAAGAUAAAAAUUUAACGGGUACUGCAAGGUACGCAUCUAUUAAUGCACAUCUUGGAAUUGAACAGAGUCGUCGCGAUGAUAUGGAAUCACUCGGCUACGUUCUUAUGUAUUUUAAUCGCGGAUCAUUACCUUGGCAAGGUCUCAAAGCUGCAACAAAGAAGCAAAAGUAUGAAAAAAUAAGUGAGAAAAAAAUGUCUACGCCAGUAGAAGUCUUGUGCAAGGGAUUUCCCGCCGAAUUUGCAAUGUAUUUGAAUUAUACGCGAGGCUUACGUUUCGAAGAAAGCCCCGACUAUAUGUAUUUACGCCAACUUUUCCGCAUACUUUUCCGUACAUUGAAUCAUCAAUAUGAUUUUACAUUCGAUUGGACAAUGUUAAAACAAAAAGUAGCAAGUGGUACUGUUGGUAGCGGAGUAUCAGCAGCUGGACCAGGUCUCUCUCAAGGUGCUCAAGGUGCUCAAGGACAAGGACAAGGCCAAGGUCAAGCACCCACUCAGGCCAACGCUCAAUCAGGAGCGCGCUAAGACUAUAAGUAGCCUCAGUGUAGCAAGUCUCGAUCACUAAAGUGUUUCAAACGAGGUACCGAACUUCUUACAAAAAUUCUCAUUCAGAGAGUCAUAUCAGUCAAUACUCUAAUUUUGCAAUGAAAAAACGUAAUUACGUGAUCACAAAUGCUGUAUUUGCGAGUAUACGCGAUAACAUGUCGCAUAAUUACUUAGGCUACACACGAAAUGUUUCUUGCGUAAAAUUAACAACUUAGAGUCUUGGUUGAUUGAACUCUUUGGAUUUGGAAAUGCGAGUGAGAAACCAGUCAGCCAGAGAGUGGCUUGUUCUUAUUUUGUUAUUACGUAUUUAAUUUACCGUUGGUAAUCAUUAAAAAUAAAGAUUUUGAGAUGCCCCGAAAAAAAAAA